CAAAGGACAUCCUCUUCCUUCCGCACCAAGAAGCCUGGGUGAGUGUGGGCCCACACUCUCUCUCUUCCGCGCUGCGCCGAAUUCGUCCCGGGAUGAAAUCCAUCGCUGGAAAACUCGCUCUUCACCGCCUCCAAAAUCACUCUCUCUGUGACCGUUCUGACAAGAUCUGUUCUUGAGAGGAAUCCGAAGCUCCAUGCUGUGGCCUCUCGUAGGUAUCUUUUGUUUCUGUGGAUCUAUAAUAUUUUCAUGGUUUGAGAAUUAAAGAUUUGAUUCUAGGUUGUGAGGCCUGUUGAAACCUCUCUUUCUCAAAAUAAGUGAGCAAUGAUCUUUUCUCUGAUCUACCAACACUUCUUUGUGCUAAGUUUGAAAGUUAAAUUGCUGCAUUCUGGAAAACUGGUUCAAAGUUAUAUCGGCUUCUUCUAGAAAUGGGAGUUUCAAGCUCUAAAAUUGAAGAUGACAAGGCCCUUUUGUUAUGUCGAGAUAGAAAGCAUUUUGUUAAACAAGCCCUUGAUGGAAGAUGCUCACUUGCGGCUGCACACGUUUCUUAUAUCCACUCCCUCAGAAAUACAGGAAUUGCACUUAGAAAAUUUGUAGAGCCUGAAGCACCUAUAGAGUCUUCCUUGUACACAUCAACAUCUGCAACUCCUGAGCCUCUUGCUCUAACUGAUAAGUCUAUUUCUCAAUUUUCAAAUUCAUCUCCGUCUCUCUCACAGCAUGUGGACGUGGGUGAAUCUUUUUCUCCUGUUCCUUCACCUAUUUCUUCAGGACGGUUUCAUGUUAAUCAUAUGAAAUCAGGCAGGAAUUUUUCCACUACUGUUGAGGAGAAACUGCCAAUCCCUGUCAUAGCAACUCUGGAAACCUCCACGACUCCAAAACGUGUUGUAUCUCAUUCAGAUGAAAAUUCAUCCUUCGAAUCUCCUUCACCACCUGCUGGUACUCCACCAUGGGAUUAUUUUGGUCUUUUUCAUCCUAUUGACAACCAGUUGUCUUUUCAAGAUGGAAGGGAGUUAGACCAUUGUUUGGACAAUGCUGAUGAUAUCAGACAUCUCAGGGAAGAGGAGGGCAUUCCAGAAUUGGAAGAGGAAGGAGAAAAAGCUUCUACAAAUGGAAGGGAUGAUUUUGCAGAUUCAGAAGAUGAUUUUGAACAAUCGUCCUCUGAACCCUUAGUACGAAUGUUUAAAAACAGGAAUAUAAUUCAGAAUCAUCAUUUAACAAUUGAUUCCUCCGCCAUUCCAUCUGUGGAAAGUGUAGCUUCAGAAACCGAGCAGCAAAAUGGGGAGAAGAACUUGAUUACUGAUGGUAUGCAUGGAACUGAUGAAACCCCUGAAUUGACACCAUCAAAGAUGGCAUCCUCUGCAGUUACACCUCCUAUUAAUGGGAAGGUGAAAGAACCUGCUCCAGAGAUCAAACUUCCAUCAAAGGACUUCUUCUCAUGCAUCAAAGAAAUUGAAGAUCUAUUUUUGAAAGCUUCCGACUCUGGAAGAGAAGUUCCUAGGAUGCUGGAGGCAAACAAAGUGCAUUUCCGCCCUCUGUUUCCUGAAGAAAUAGCUCACAGAUCAAAGGCAUCUAUGUUUCUCACAGUUUGUCUUGCUUGCUGCAAAGAAGAAGUCCCUCAAUCGCAGGUGCCCACUUCAAAUGAGAUGAAGUACUUAACAUGGCAUAGGUCCGUAUCAUCACGCUCUUCAUCCUCCAGAAACCCUCUUGGUGCAACAUCAAAAGAUGAUAUUGAGGACAUUAGCAGUAAUCUCUUUAGCAGCAUAUGUAUGAAUUCAGGCAGUCAUGCCUCUACGUUAGACAGGUUGUAUGCCUGGGAAAGGAAGCUCUAUGAUGAAGUUAAGGCAAGUGGUUUCAUUCGAAGGGCAUAUGACAUGAAGUGUAGACUACUUAGACAUCAAGAAUCCAGAGGAGAGAAGCCAUACAGUAUUGAUAAAACCCGUGCUGCUGUUAAGGACCUGCACUCUAGAAUUCGAGUUGCAAUUCAGAGAAUUGACUCCAUAUCAAAGAGAAUCGAGGAACUAAGGGACAAAGAACUCCAACCACAACUGGAGGAGUUAAUUGGAGGCUUAACACAGAUGUGGAAAAUGAUGCUUGACUGCCACAUGAAGCAGUAUAAUGUCAUCUUGGUAGCAUGCAACAAUGGCAACACCAAAGUCUCCAUUAGGUCGGAGUCUCAUCACCAGGCCACCAUCCUCCUUGAGUUCGAGCUGAAUUCUUUGUGUUCAAACUUCACAAAGUGGAUCUCGAUGCAAAAAUCCUACCUCGAAGCCAUAAACCGGUGGCUUCACAAAUGCAUAUUCCCACUAAGACAGAAGCCCUCAAAGAAAAAGCCAAUAGAGUUCGAUCCAAAAAAGCAUAUUGCUCCACCAAUAUUUGUUACUUGCCAAGACUGGUUGGUCCUACUGGAUAAGUUGCCCAGCAAGGAAGUAGCAGAUGCUAUAAAAGAUCUUGUGACUGUGACGACCCAUUUCCUGCCUCGCCAGGAGAAAAGCCAUGAGAAUUCAAAGUUAUCAUUCACAUUCUCUCGAAAGGCAGGGCAUAGUGCUGGGCUCGAAGGAGAUGUUCGGAGAAGCGAAUCCCCUGUGGAUUGGAGUCUGAAGCAUGACAGCUUUCAGUCAGGUUUGGUGGUCUUCUUAGAUCGGUUGAAAACUUUUGCUGAGUCAUCUGUAAUGCAGUAUGAAAUUCUCCAGAAGUCCAUCAAUGAAGCUCAUGUUAUUUACAACAAGAAUGGUUGGUCGAGGACAUGAUUGUCCUCUGUUUUUGAAAGUUCUUGAGGGCCUCAAGGGAUGAAGGAAGAAAAUGACAGCUGGUUAAUAAUGGUUGAAUAAGUUGAUUGGAGGUGUAAGCCAAUGAAGGUAUUGGAGAGGGGGCCCUGUAAACGUCUCCCUUUGUAAAUUUACUUGGGGAAUAAAAGGUUUUUAGGUUGGUGGUUUGUGUAUAGUUUUAAAAUAAGUGCACCAGCAGGGCCAAUUUGUGUUUGGCUGCAAGUAGAUUUCUGCCGACCGAGUGUAGUCUCGUUAGAUGUACAAAGUGGAGGUGGGUUUUCUGUUUUAUCUAGCGGUUGUAAUUUUUUCCAUAUCAUCCAUUGGGUGCAUUAGUGGGUUGUUGAUGAUAAGAAAUGAAACGUGUGCUAUAUUGAUAGAUCUGUACAUUGUAUAGAUGCUCAGAAACUCAUACUAUAUUUUCAAUAAUAUGUGCAUGGCUUUUUGUCUUUAGUCAA